UUGUGUGAAACCAUCCCCCUUUGCAAACCUCAAGCUAUGAGACAACAAGGAUGUGAUGCAUUUUGGGUGUUUACGAAAGCAGGGUCUAAACAAUUUUGACAGCUGCGUGAAUUCUCUGAACUGUGCUGAACUGAGAAACUAAUUCGUAGCUUUCCCCUCAAAACAGUGACAUGUUCCAGUGAUCUAUCUCUUCGUGAUUACAGCCACCGUCGGCCUCAAAACAGAGCAGAAGUUCUCGUUAAUGGUCGGAGUUUAUCAGUCAAUCACCACAGAUCUUUGUCAUCUUCAGAAGCAGCAGUUUGUUGGCAAACCAGCGUUUCACAGCUCGAGUUCGUCAGUUUCCUGUGUGGUGUGCAGCAACUUGUCACUUAGAUCAGGAGGAGCACACACUGACACAGUCUUCUGGUUGCUAAAGCAAAGGCAAAACAGCAAAUCCAGUUAUCCAAAAUGUCGAACCCAGUGGUCACCCAUCAACCAGGCGCCGGCGGCUACGGGACAAACGUCCAAACAGGAGAGUGGAGCUCAGGCUUGUGCUCCUGCUGCAGUGACUUGGUUGUCUGUGCUCUUGGUUGCUGCUGUCCGCUUAUAUUGAGCUGCUACACAGCAAAUAAGUAUGGUGAAAGCUUCUGUUUGGGUUGUGUGCCAGGAGGCAUGACAGCCCUUAGGACUCAUAUGAGACUGACCUACGGUAUUCAGGGAACAAUAACCAACGACGCCUUGAUGACCUUUUUCUGUGGGAUAUGCGAGGUUUGCAGGAUGGCGCGAGAAAUCCGCAUCAGGAACGGAGACGUUUCAACUUAAGAAGACGAAGGCUUCUGGUCCACUAUAUAUACACAGCAUGCUCUGUUUGUUGACGAUGUCCCGCUAUUGUGGAAGUAAUUUGUUUAUUCCUGUAGCAGGUGUAGCUUUCAUACAGACAACAAAGAAGGAGCGGCUAAUGAGUUAUGCAAUUCAAUGAAUUUAAUUUUUGUUACCUGUAUCCUUACAUGUACGUCUAAUUGUGCGACAGUUAGUGCGAGCACUUAUCUGCUUCACUGUAAAUAAAAUGCUUUGUUCAUGGUUGAUGACAUUUAAGCAUGCACCAUUUUGUACAAGAUUGUCAAUAAAAACAAAAUAGAUUAUGUGA